CCGCCCUUCCUGAGCGCGGGCGCACCUUGGCGGGAAUUUCACUUAUUUGGGAUUUAGAACACACGACUCCGGGACCGUGGUCCGGACUGCUCUGGGCGCACCUCUGGGCCUGAAAGUGUGAGUAGUGAAUCCCAAACAUUUCAGGACAUGACGUAAACAAUGGAUAUGUGUUCCACUGCGUCGAUGUUCCUGACCGACAGCUUGGAACUGGAACUGGGGACUGAGUGGUGCAACCCCCCUUGCUUUUCUUGUGCUUUUGACCACAGAGGAGGAAAACAUUUUUCUGGAGAGUCCUACCUUUCCAGUGGAGCCCUUAAGCGAUUAAUUUUGAAUCUUGAUCCUUUACCAACUAAUUUUGAAGAGGAUACAGUGGAAAUAUUUGGUAUUCAGUGGGUUACUGAAACAGCAUUAGUGAAUUCAUCUAAAGUGCUAUUUCAUUUAUUCAGGCAACAACUGUACAACUUGGAAUCCUUAUUACAGGCCUUCUGUGAUUUUGGGAAGAUAUCAACCCUGCACUGCAAAGCAGACAAUAUUAGGCAGCAGUGUAUAACUUUUCUUCACUAUGUUAAAGUUUUCAUCUUCAGGUAUCUGAAAGUACUAAAUGCUGAUAGUCAUGUUCCUGUUCAUCCCUAUGAGGUCUUGGAGGCUCAGCUUCCCUCGGUGUUGGUUGAUGAACUUCAUGGAUUACUCUUGUAUAUUGGACAUCUAUCUGAACUUCCCAGUAUGAAUCCAGGAACAUUUGAAAAUAAAAACCAAAUUAAGCUUUUUCCACCAUCAUGGCAUUUGUUACAUCUCCACUUAGAUAUCCAUUGGCUGGUGCUAGAAAUUCUUCAUAUGCUUGGUGAAAAAAUGAAACAAGUCGUAUAUAGUCGUCAGUUUAUAAAUCCGGCAGGUGACAAUUUAACCAAUGUCAGCAUAUUUGAAGAACAUUGUGAAAAUCUCCUUUGUGAUUUAAUAAGCCUGUCACUCAACAGGUAUGACAAGAUUAGACCUUCUGAAGCAUUAAUGAGUCACAAUUGCCCAUGUCCAUGCUUUAAAGAAUUAUGGGUUCUACUCAUUCAUCUUUUAGAUCACAGAAGUAAAUGGUCUCUCUCAGAAUCAUUUUGGAAUUGGUUGAAUAAAUUACUUAAAGCACUCUUUGACAAAUCAAGUGACCAAAGACGACCUUCUGUGCCUGUAAUCCAGCCUACAGAUCCAUUAGGUUUUAGUUGGUGGAUUAUUACUCAUGUAGCAUCAUUUUACCAAUUUGAUCGUCAUGGAGCAGCAGAUAAAAUGAGACAAAUGGAAUCAAAUUGGAACUUUGUAGAGGAAUUGUUGAAAAAGUCCAUCAGUCUUCAGGAUGGUAUAUUAGAAGAGCAAUUACGAAUGUAUCUUCACUGUUGUUUGACACUCUGUGAUUUCUGGGAGCCAAACAUUGCAAUUGUCACCAUUUUAUGGGAAUAUUAUAGUAAGAAUCUGAAUAGUUCUUUUAGUAUUUCUUGGCUUCCUUUGAAAGGCCUUACAGAUAUCGUUAAGUCACCCUUGUCUAUGCUAGAAAUGGUGAAGACCUGCUGUUGUGAUAAACAAGAUUAUAACCUGUAUAAAUCCAGAAGUAGUUACACCAUUUUCCUUUGCAUUUUGGCAAAAGUUGUUAAGAAAGCAAUGAAGAACAAUGGCACUCAUCCUUGGAAACAGGUUAAAGGAAGAAUAUAUUCUAAAUUCCAUCAAAAAAGAAUGGAAGAACUAACUGAAGUUGGUCUGCAGAACUUUUUCAAUCUUUUUCUGUUGUUAGCAGCUGUUGCAGAGGUGGAAGAUGUAGCAAGUCAUGUUUUAGACCUUCUGAAUUUCCUGAAACCUGCCUUUAUGACAUCGUCUCUCAUUUGGAAGGGUCAGGCGGCCUUCCUCUUGAUGUAUACUCAGAAAAACCUGGAUAUUGGUGUUUUGGCUGAGAAAUUUUCACAUGCUUUCCAGGAUAAAGCAAAGGAGUUCUUGGUAUCUAAGAAUGAUGGAAUGGGACAAAGACAUACUCUCUGGACACUUAUUUCUAUCUAUAUUGAUAGUGUUCAAGAAGUGUUUGAGACUAGCCAUUACUUGCAUUCUUCCCAUGAAAAACUGCUUAAUGAUGGAUUUAGUAUGCUUCUCCGAGCUUGUCAAGAAUCUGAACUCAGGACAGUAUUGAACUUCCUACAAGCUGUUCUAGCCAGAAUCAGGACUAUGCAUCAACAAUUGUGUCAGGAGCUUCAAAAGGAAAACGUGGACCUAGUUGCGCAGUCUUCAUUACCAGCUAAAGAGCGCCACCUUGCUGCAGUUGCCAGUGCACUGUGGAGGCAUUUCUUUUCAUUUUUGAAGAGUCAGAGAAUGUCACAAAUAGUGCCUCUCCCACAGCUUGCGGAUGCAGCUGCAGAUUUUACUUUGCUUGCAAUGGACAUGCCUAGCACAGCUCCAUCAGAUCUUCAGCCUCAGCCAGUUCUAUCAAUGAUACAACUUUUUGGUUGGGAUGAUAUUAUCUGUCCCCAAGUUGUAGCAAGAUAUUUAAGUCAUUUCCUCCAAAAUAGCAUGUUAUGUGAAGCACUUUCUUGUUCAGGCUCUGUAUCUUUUCAAACCUUAACUAUAAGAUCAUGGAUCCGUUGCAUUUUGCAAAUGUACUUUAAAAAUCUCUACGAACCUGAUGAUUUAUUAAUUGACAUGAACCCUGAACAGGCAGUUGAAAAAGAGUACAUGGAACAGUUGGCUGAACUGACAAGGUUGCUGUUUAAACUUUCAGAAGUAAAGAAUAUUUUCUCAAAGGCACAAAUUGAAUAUGUCCCCAUCCCUGAAGACCCUAAAAAAGCACUUGUUCAAUUCCUUGAGGCUGUUGGUAUAACUUACGGGAAUUUGCAAAAACUUUCUGAUAAAUCUGCCAUGGUCGAAAAGUCCUUAGAAUACCUUGGUGAAAUAUUAAAAUAUAUAAAACCUUAUUUAGGAAAAAAAAAUUGCAGUGCAGGGCUGCAACUGACAUAUAGGAUGAUGGGAAUUCUUGUUAAAUCAUGGGCACAGAUUUUUGCCACCUCUAAAGCCCAAAAAUUACUAUUCCGGAUCAUAGAUUGCUUACUGCUACCACAUUCAGUGUUCCAGCAAGAGAAGGAGCUGCCUGCACCUAUGUUUACUGCAAUUCAGAAGAGUCUUCCUUUGUAUCUCCAGGGCAUGUGUAUCGUGCGUUGUCAGUCUCAAAAUUCAAAUGCCUAUUUGAACCAAUUGCUAGGGAAUGUUAUUGAGCAAUAUAUUGGGCGAUUUCUUCCAGCUUCUCCACAUGUUUUAAGUCUUGGACAACAUCCUGUUUUGUUGGCAUUGAGAAACUCGGACACCGUUGCACUGAUGUCACCUCUAAAGAAAUGCAUUGUACAUGUCAUAAGGAAAUCCUACUUUGAGUUUAAAGGGUUCUUGUUCCCUCCUCGCUUAGCAUCCAUUCUGGCCUUCAUCCUCCAACUCUUCAAAGAAACUAACGUAGACAUUUCUGAUGUUGAACUACUCCUCCCUGGCAUCUUAAAAUGCUUGGUGUUGGUCACUGAACUCCAAGUUAAAAGGCUAGCCACAGACAACCUGCAAUACAUAGUAAAAGCCUGCCAAGAGGGGUCAGAAGGAGAACCUGCCGCUCAGCUGACUUCGGUGUUUAGGAAUUUUAUCCAGGAUUAUGGUAUGAAAUACGAAUAUCAAAUUUACAGCUUUUUAGAAACAGUAGCAGUAUUGGACCAGCAGGUUGUUAUUCACUUGAUUUCUACCCUCACUCAAUCUCUGAAGGAUUCAGAGCGGAAAUGGGGCCUUGGCAGAAAUAGCAAACAAAGGAAAGCCUAUAGCAAGCUUUUAUCUCACCUAGGACAAGCGGGACAAGAUGAGAUGCAGAGACUGGAAAAUGAUGACAUCUAAUGUUUUGUGAUUCAUCUUUUCUAUAAAUUAUAACUAUCUAAAGCCACUUUGCAUCCUUCUGACACCUUUUAAUUAAUUGUAUAAUGUUCAGUUAAAAAUACUUUCUAGGAUUUUUCCUUACAUAACUGUAAGUAUAAAGUAUAUAAAUAAGGAAAUAAAGGUUAAGUAUGUUACAGGAUCUUGGAACUUGGCAAAACUGCAUUCUAUUUUGAAGAGAUUUUAGUUUUAACUAAGGAAACUUUCUAAAUGGGAAUGUUAUCUGUAUAUGAUCACUAAACAGGCUUGUGUUGGUUGACCCAUAGACUUUUUACUGUAAUGUGACUUUCUGCCUUGUGAUUUGUUUUUGUUUUUGUUUCUUAUAAAUUAUGUUUUAAUAUGAUAUUUUUUUCAAGCUUUCUGGCUACCUUAUGCUGGUUUUUUUUGGAGGGGGUUGGUCAAGAGAUAGGACUGUUUAUUUGUUAUCCUUUUUUAUGCUAUGCGUGAGGCGAAUUAAUAAAUAAAACUCUUCCCAAGCACACUUAACUCUGAGGAAUGAGACUGAAUCUGGCUAAAUUAUUAUGUAGAUAAUUUAUAAAAAUUUUUUUUAAGCUUAGGCCAACAGUGUUUAGGUUCCAGCAAUUGCCAGAUGUUUUUCUCUACUUAUCCUUUCUUUUGGAAUUAUCAUUAAAAGAAAUAUAAGGAGGAUAAAUAAGAGCUUUUAAGAAGAUGAUAAAUAAUAUUCUGGAAAAUCUAAAGAUUGCAAAUUAACAGAAGAGGCCUGAAAAGUCAGCUGAUUAUUUCCUUGCACUUUAAUUUGAACCUCUUAUAACUUAACAUGUUACAUAUUUACAGGGAACUAGUUUAGUUUCCUUUAGCAGCUAUUGUCUCUCAACUUUUUAAGUAUCUCAUCCAGAUAUAUUUUACCAGUUGAGCACUUGUCUUUAACUCCUUUUCGUGAUGAGCAUUUUUUGGUAAAAAGAGCUCUGGGUUUCAAACCUAGCUCUGCUUUGUGACCUUGAGCGAGUUACUUAAUCUUUCUGGGCCUCAGUAAAAAAAUAAUCUGUUUUCUACUAUACAAUGUUCUGGUAAGAACCAGUGGGAUAAUGUGUAUAAAAAUAUUUGGUGACCUAUGUUCUGUUUGGAGACAUACAGACAUGUUCACUGUAUUAUCAUGCACAUGGUAAAGGAUACCUCUCAAUUUUGUUCUUCUUUCUCUAAUAUGUCGUAGAUGAAUGAUCCCACUAUUUUUCAUUUUUUUUCUUGCAUGGUCUGUUUGCUAUCUUUCAAAUAAUUUAUUGCUUUAUCCUUAGGACUCAUCUGUAUCAUGGUUCCAUUCCUUCAAGAAAACAUUUCAACCCUUUUCUGUCUCAAGAAGUAUCUUUAAAAAGGAAAUGGAUUGCAAUUAGCAAAAUAUAGUUAAUAGCCUUUUUCUAAUUGUCAUCUGUGAAGUCUAAAGGAGUUUCUGUUGUGUUCAUGACAUACAAAUGGUCUAUUUUCCCCCAAAUCAACCAUCAUUAUGACAAAUGAAAGCCUCUUAAGGUUACUCGAUUUCAUAGCAAUGAGUUUCUUUUCGUUAUGAUAGUGACUUAUUACUAUUUAAUCUUUUUAAGGUGAUGCCUUUAAAGAGGUUAUUAUAUAUAGUAUAUAUUUUUUUUAUUUUCCAAGAGAGGUAAAUAUAGCUUUGAGAAUCUUGCUCCUUACUCUAUCAUACUUUAAGGGAUAAGAAAAGCUGCUGCUGAAUCAUACAAAGAAUAAAGUUUGUACUUAAAAAAUCAGUUACAACAAAAAAUUUGUAACAAUACGUUUAUAUAUGUAUAUAUGUAUGUUUAUUAAUAAAUAAAUUUUUAAAGAAGCAGUUUUUUUAAUUGAAAAAAAUUUUAUGGUUCACUUCCUUUUCUUGAAAAUCUUCACUGGCCCUUCCUUAUUGCUGUAGUCUUUUUCCAUUCACAGACUUAGAGUACCUUACACCUGCUUCCUUAAUAUCCGUUUUCCCCUAAAUACCACAUAAUCUCUGGGGCUGCUACUUCUACCAUUAUAAUGUAAGCCACUCUUUUAGUGAAAUCCAAGAGUAUGUUCUCAGUUCUCAUGGUCUUUGGCCUCUCUGUGACAUUUGCAUUUUCUUUUAUCUUCCCAUCACUUCCUCAGUGAUACUGCUUAUUCCUACAUAUACUGUACUUUGAGAGCACCUUCACAUUCUUCCUUGUCCCCAGCAAGAUCUGGCCCUUCACCUGCUCUGUCUCAGUGUUCUUCUAAUAGUCAACUGAUAACACUAGCUCAUAUUUUCUCUCUCAGAUCUAUUUCUAGUGAAAAUUUCUCUCUAAACCUCUCUAGUUGGAUCCUCCUGAAAUCUCAGUGCAACAUGGCAAGCUGCCCACAUCACCUUCUAUUCCAGUCUAGUUCCUGUCUGUAUUUUCUACCCAGAGAAUACACUACUUUCCCAAGCUACUUGGUCUUGAAACUUCAGAAGCAUCUUGGAUUCUUCAUUGUUCCUCACUUUCAGUUGAUCUGCAGUACAGGCUCUUGCUAUUUUUUGUCAUCCUGUGCAUUCAAACUGUUUUUUCUAUUGGGCACUAGAAUCUUAUCUCCUUAUCUCCGAUCUUCCCUUGUCACAGUUCUGACAUCAGUGUUUCUAAAAUACUAUUUUCUUUGUUACUUUUCUGCUUAGGGCCCUUGAAUUACUUUACAUUGUUAAUAAGCUGACAGUUAAACCCUUCAAUCAGGAAACUUUCUGCCAUCUGACUCUACCUUUUCUGUCCAAGCUUAAACAGGAGACUAGACUGUUUUAGACUGAAUACCAUAUUCAUUCUAUACUCUGAGAGUAUUCUAGUCAAAUAAUUUCUGUGAAAUGUCAGAUGAGAGUGUAAAAUAGAUGAUUAAAAGACAACAGGAUGGUGAAAUGACAUUAUUAGACAUUCGGGUUUGGUUAUGAUUUAAAUUUUAAUUGAACAUUUAAUUAGGUUUCCAUGGGGGA